CCCCCUUAUUGUGAAUCAGAAAAUCGGACCAGAAAAGAAAAGAACGAACUCAAUUUUGCUGCGUUUAAGGCGUUUAUUUUAUUUGCUUGCGAUGAAUCCCAUUACCUGGGAGGAGUUUUAUUUGAGGAAUGCCGCGCCUAGUGACUUGGAAAGCAGGAAGAAAGAGAUUCAGUCGUUCUGUCAAAAAUUUGAGCCAUCUGAUUUGAGAGUUGUCCUCAUAACUUCAGGAGGUACAACUGUGCCUUUGGAGCACAACACGGUACGAUUCGUUGACAACUUCAGUGCAGGAACUCGAGGAUCUGCUUCUGCAGAAUAUUUUUUGAAGGCCGGCUAUGCAGUCAUUUUUAUGCAUAGAUACAAAUCUCUCGAGCCAUUUUCCAGACAUUUCAGUGGCAACGAACUUUUGGACUCAAUACAAGUAUUAAAAGAUGACUCGUUACAAGUCGACCCUGCAAAAGCUCCAGUUCUUUUGCCAAUUCUUAAGGACAGAAAGGAGGCCCUGGACUCUGGACGUUUGCUGAUGGUUAAUUUUACCACUUUGACUGAAUAUCUUUGGAUACUGAGGGCUUCGGCUGAAGCGAUGGCUUGCCUUAACUCCAGAGCAAUGCUAUACCUGGCAGCAGCAGUUUCCGAUUUUUAUGUCCCGCCUGAGAAAAUGCCUGAGCACAAAAUUCAGUCGACUGGAGGGCCGCCAGAAAUUUCUCUUCAGCUUGUGCCGAAAAUGCUGCGUCCUUUGGUUGCAGACUGGGUGCCAAAAGCAUUUGUGAUUUCUUUUAAACUGGAGACUGACCCGUCGCUUUUGGUGUCAAAAUCUCAGGAGGCAUUGAAAAAUUACAGGCACAAGGUUGUGAUAGCAAAUGAGUUGCAUUCAAGAAAGAGUAGGGUGACCCUUGUCACUCCCAACAGCCACCACGAAAUUGUGUUGAGUAAAGAAGAGCUGGAUGCUGGUGUUGAAAUAGAGGAACGAAUAAUCAACGAUUUGGUUGAACAGCACACAUCAGCUAUGACUACCUUAAACUAAAAAAAAGCGCAAGUUUUAUGUAUUAAAUUGUUAUAUUUGUUGCCAGAUUAAAAAAUAUAUUUUAGUAAAGAAUU